CUGUGAUUGUUUCCUGUCGGGUUUUUCCAGUACUGUUCGUCGCUUCGCCACUCUGUUCGUCAACGUGAACGUGACCUCUGAACCCCACGAGGUGUCGGCUCUGUGGUUCCUCUGGUACGUGAAGCAGUGCGGAGGAACCAUGAGGAUCUUCUCCACCACGAACGGAGGACAGGAGAGGAAGUUCUCAGGCGGCUCCAGUCAGAUCAGCGAGUGCAUGGCCAAAGAGCUGGGAGACCGAGUGAAGCUGCAGUCUCCGGUCUACAGGAUCGACCAGGGCGGAGACGUGGUCGUGGUGGAGACGCUGGACAAAAAGACCUACAAA